GUAUGUUGGCGUACGUCAACGUCAGCUGUCAGUGUAUUAUUACAUUGUAGUGAUUCAUAGCUACAAAAACAAUUUUUCUAUUCUGCAAAUAACUGCAGUAAUAGUUGGGUUAUAAUAUGUGUUUAUUUAAUAUCAAGGGGUCGUUCAAUGUGGUGCCUGUGUUAUAAUGAUAAUUUUUAUUGUUGCUAGUCAGAUAGCAAAAUCGAAAAUUCCACUUUAUGGAAUAAAGUUUUCGUUGAAUGUGCGUCCCAAGUGUAAUGUGUCAGCUCGAUUUGUAAACUACUGUGCAUUUUAACUAUUACUAAGUUAAUAACAAGAUGGAAUCGUUAAGAAAAUGGCUUUAUAGACCGAAGAAAGAUGAUACGUCUUUGCUGGCCCAAUUUUUCUAUGCAGACGACGAUUUGAAUAUUAUCACUAGCGAAUUGGAUAGCUUUGAUGGUCGUAAAGACCCUGAAAGAUGCACAACCCUCGUUAAUCAGUUACGACAAGCACAAGACAAAGUUUUAACCAUUAUCAACGCCAUCAUGGAUGUACUCAUUGGAGACGAACGUGCUGAGAGGGAUUUUAGGGUUAAAUUUCCCGAAGAUGUGCUUCAAGAUAAUCUUGCCGGACAACUUUGGUUCGGUGCAGAGUGCCUGGCAGCUGGAUCGUCGAUUAUGAAUAAAGAAUCGGAAAGUGAUGCCAUGCGACCAUUGGCGAAAGCAUUAACUAAAAGUUUGGAAAAUGUUAGAAACCUCUUGCGAGAAACGUGCCUUCGCAGUAAUACACCAAAUGGUCCGUUGAAGCUUAACAGCAACGAAUUAGUUACUGAAAUGCUUAUUGAAAGUCUCAAAAUCUUUGAUCGACUUUUUGCAGAAUUUGAACUUUCUUAUGUUAGCGCCAUGGUUCCUGUCAAAACUACACAGGAAUAUGAAUUACAAGAGCUAAUAGGUGUCCUUUUUUCCGAAACAUUGCAAAGGGCGCUUCGAAUGAAGCUCCUGUCUCAAGACAAAGUUGAUGAUUGCGAUCCCGCUUUGAUGUUCACCAUUCCUCGACUUGCCAUCGUUAGUGGCCUUAUAAUUUUUCCUGACGAUCCGUUAUGUAUCGACAGACCAAUUGAAGAAAUGAGCGAAAUGUUUCGACCGUUUAGGACUUUAUUACAUAAAAUUCGCGAACUGUUGUGGACCUUAGAUAAGAAAGAAUUGUACAUGUUAGAGAAACUUUUAUGUGAUAACGAACAAAUUAGUGAACUGACUAUUGCUGAUGUUGAAGUGCAAAGUGACUAUGUAGAUAAUUACGGAAAUAGGUUUUAUAAUGAAUAUCCUUUAUGCAAAGAUAUUUUGUCUAAGUUUUUCUUGAAUGGAACCUCUAAGGAAAUUUCAACCACUGAUCCCCAGGAAUAUGUGCAUAACAAUGAAAUUACACCUGCAACCCUUGUAGAUACCACCGGCGUUCAUGAACCUAAAAUGGAAGAAAUUUCUGCCUUUGAAUUAAGAUCCUCUUCCGAAAGUCUAGAAGCCCCAUCUACAUCAGGUUAUUUGAUCGCUAAUGCAAUAGAGUCCAAACAUUUACCAGUUCUUCCUGGUACCCCUCCACGCCUAUACCGAACAGAAUCUCCAUCCGACAAAGAUUCGUUGGAAGUUAUCUCUGAAGCAGCUGCUACACUAUCGUCAAUUUUAAGUUAUGAAGAGGCCGAGAAGGAACGAGAAAAAUCUGGCCAUCGCAAAUCUGACAGACAUCAUGCUCCAAAGUCUUUGAAAAACAAAAUACUAGUUAGAACUAGUCUAGAUUCUCCAAAUGAUUCAGGAAUUUGUACAGAAAAUACGAGCUUGGAUAGAUCCCCAAGUUUAGAUCUUUGUGAAGAUAAAAGUUGUGGGUGCUCAAAGAGUUCGCCAGUUCUUCAAAUUCCUUGCCACUGCAUUCCCAAGAUGGAUAAUUCAGAGCUUGAAUUUAAAUCGAAAGAAAAUGCAUCUGGACAAUUUGACUUUUCCCCAGGAUGUAGCGGUAAAGUCAUUUCAGACAAUAAUAACGUAUGGAGUGACACUAAAGACAAUCCUGAGAAUAGUAACAGCAGUUCCGAUACAUCCUCGUUUAACAGCAAUUGCGCAGAUGAUGAAGAAAUUGCUUUGGCUCUACAGGCUGCUGAAAUCGCUAGUAUGAGAGAAAUACGAGCGAAAUUUAGUUCCAGUGAAGAUCUGAUCCAUCGUCUUUUCGUUUGUAUUGCUGGAGUAGCAGAUCAGCUACAAACGAAUUUCGCAAGUGAUUUACGUAACAUUUUAAAGGCCGUGUUUCUUAUAAAUGCUUCGGAUUCGACUGUUACCACUUCAACUUCCACUGAACACUCGGUGGAAUAUCACCCUAGUCCUACUGAAGUUAUACAAACGGAUGAAUUCACUGUUGAUCCUAAUAUUCUUGCCCAAGAAGCUCUAUUUGAUAGCAAUGUUUACUUUCACAUAGAAGGAGAGGAGACUGAGGCAGAUUACACCAAUUUUCCCCGUCACCAAGAGGAUCAGGAAGUAAUUAAUGGAGUCCAGCAAAUUGAUAUAAAUAACACCAAUGAGCAAUUACCUGCUCCUCCUAACAAUUUACAUCAUCAGCAACAAAAUAUCGCACAGCAUCAAGAUUGUGAAAGGCCACCUGUUUGGAUUCCCGAUAUUGAAGCUCCAAAGUGCAUGAGUUGCGGUUUGACGUUCACUGUCGUGAAAAGAAGGCAUCAUUGUAGGAAUUGUGGUAAAAUUUUCUGUUCCAGGUGUUCAUCUAACAGUGUUCCGUUGCCAAAAUUCGGACACUAUAAGCCUGUCAGGGUAUGCAAUAAGUGUUUUAUGUAUAGUAUAACCCAUUUUACAAUGUAAACAUCCGUUAAACGAAAAGUGAGAUUUUGUACUUAAUAAAUAAGGAAUAGUUAGAAUAGAUAUAACCUCCUUGCGGGUAAAAUUCUAAAAAUUUCCUAUUGAGCAUGAUACUGUAAUUUAAAUGGCGUAAAGGAAAUUAUCGUUCAAUAAUUUUGUAGUUUAAUAUCCAAUCAUAUUAAAAACUUUUGCUAUAUGAACUAGACGAUAGUUUAAAUUUACUCCUUAUUGAUUAAUUUCAUAUUCAUCAUUGGAAGUCAAUUUUUUAAAAUUAGACAUACCUACUAUAAAUGGUAAAAUCACUUUAAGUUUUUUUUUAAAAGAGCUUUAACUUUUGACUAAACAAGUGUGACUAUAUGGUAAAUAUUUGGCUCAAUAAUUUACAGUUUUUGUGUUAAUAUAGUUAACAUCUAACUUGUAACAAGUAAAAUUAGCAGUGAAAUUUAAUAGAAUGUGCCAAUUGCAACAGUUUUUGAAAGUUGCAGCGUUUUAAGCUUUGUGCGUGGGAUAAUCGCUGGCCAAAUUAGAUAAAUACAUAGCAGCUUAUUUCCUCUGUCAAUUUGAUCUCAUCCAUUGUGAUAAAGCAGUAUUUGUCGAGUAUUCUUUUUUUUUGAAAUUGCUGUUCAGUCGUACUUGAACAACCAGCGCCACACACUACGAACAAAUUACAAACAUUUUUAUUUGAGAUGUAAACAGUAAUUUUUAGUAAAUUUUUGGACAUUUGAGUCAUUUUAUUGUUUUAUAUCCUACUAGUGUAUUUUGCUCAGACUUAUUAUUAUCUAUUAUAAAUAAUCCUACAGUCCUAUACAAUACUUCAGUAGUGUUAUUUUUACAUAGUUUUUGUUGUAAUGUAGAAAAAAAAUACUUUUAUAAGGACAAAGGGUAAUGGAUUUGGUAAAUGAAAAGAUAAAACUUCGUGAGUACAAAUAAGGAGAGUUCUGUUACCUUUAGUUCACAGUUUAUGCACUGAAACUUGUUGUGAUAAUUAUCUUACAGUAAGGGUUUGGGAAUUCUAACUUAUAAAUAAAAAAAUCUUUUGAA